UGAUGCUUCUUGACAGCUGUCAGUUUGAAGCAACACAAUCCACCACUCCCAAAAAGAAAAUACCAACAGUGCAUUAAUCAAAACAAUUUUUCGGUUUGCAAGCUAAAGCAUGCAAAAAUCUUCGCAUAUCGCACGCCAGGACUCACAAGAACAAUUGCCGACCACACACUAUAAAGUAAUUGUACCAUCAAUGAAGCGUCGUACAUUGGCAGGCACCUGUGGCGUUGGUGUGUUUGUGAUUGCUUUCGUUGCGAUUGUCAUCUCAUUCGCCACACCCAAUUGGCUGGCUAGUGAUGACCGGAUAACUGGUGCUAAACUAGAACGUCUAGGAUUAUGGGUACAUUGUUUUCGAUCACUGGCCGAUGUGAAUGACAAUAAUCAACGCCGUUUCUUUGUGGGAUGUCGCUGGGUGUAUGACCCCUUCACAACGGGCUAUGACGAGAUUCGUGGAUUCUUAUUGCCUGCAUUCAUGAUUGCGACACAGUUUUUCUAUACGCUUGCAUUCAUUGGAGCGCUAGUAUCAUGCGUGGGUGUUUUGGUAUUCUUUCUCUGCGCUGGACCGGACCAAAAACACUUUGUGACUCUUAUAAAGUUAAUAGGGUAUGUAAUGUUGGGCACAGGUGUGAGUGCAGCUAUUGCUGUUAUUGUUUUUGCUUGUUUUGGCAACCGUAAUGGCUGGAUGCCGGAGCACGCCAACAAUUGGUUCGGUUGGUCAUUUGUGCUGGCGUGUGUUGGAACAGUAUUUUCUUUAGUAACAGGUAUACUAUUCCUUACCGAACAAAAUGUGCAAGCAAAAAAGCGUAAGCAAUUCAAAGAAUCUCAAACGCGUUUUGAGUUAGUGCAAGGCAAGGCCUAGUGGUGGAGUCAUCUAUCGACAGAAGAACUUGGUUUGCUUAUGCAUAGAAGCAGUCGUGAAAGAAAACGUUUGCGUCGAAAAAAGCGACGUAGUACUACAAGUUUCACGAAAUGAGUGUAAAAGCAUAAAUUUAAGGAUUAGAAAGGCACGACCCGAAACAUUAUUUUUUAAUCAAGAAAUUUAAACUUGCAAUAAUGCAUGUACCCAAAUUCCGUCCAUUUUAAGAAAAAAAACCGACCAGUUUUAAGUUAAAAAGUCUACACAUAUAUAACUUCAACUUUUUUUUGAAGUGCUCGAAGCAAUAUAACGCGAAAUAAUAGUCGUAAGUUUAUGCAAUUUGCACAAGGUUAAAUCAUAUAGUUAUAAACAAAAAGUUCUCAUAAUUCAGCACAAAUGGCCAAAAACGCAGUUGGUACUUAUGACAUGCAUUUACGUACAUAUUAACUUGCAGUAUAUUUAUAGUCACUUAAGACUGUCUUAAAGAAGAAAACUUUUGCAUUUGUGUCCAACAACGAAUUUUAACUAGAAUCUUAAUUUGCAUAUAUAAUUUUAAAAUAUAAAACGAAAAUCGCGCUAGCCAUUUGUACUGAUUAUGUGUAUUUACACAAUCAAAUUUGGAAAUUCACAUUAGAACCAAUAGUAACAUGAAAACACAUGUAGAUAAGCAUGAUAAAUAUGUGCCUUAAGUAAAAAUUGUUAAAUGUAUUAUAUGUAACUAAGAAUGAAUUAAUUAAGAAGUAUACGCGAAUUGUGUGCGUCGUUCUGCUACAAAAGUUGCAUAAACUUUCAUUCCAUUUUUGUGUUCGCACAGCCUAUUCAUAAGCAUAUAAUUACAUAUAGAUAUAUAGUAAGUGGUACCUUAAUAAAGACAAUUGAAUGAGCACAAAUCAUGAUUUAAUAUGUUGUAACGCAAAAAAGGCGCACAAAGUAAAAAAAAAAAAGAAUCAAAAAAAUAAUAGAUAUUUGUUUGUAUAUGCAUCUACAAUCCGUGCCUUAAAAACAAUAUUGUACAAAUAUAUAAGUAAAUACUUUAUAAUCAUUCCAAAUUUUUCAAUACACAUACCAAUACGUAAAUUGUUUUGUACCUUUUAAAUCGUAUAGACCGUUUAAAUGUAUUUAAAUAAUUAAUUAACUAAAAAUUUAGAUUCGUCCAUUUAGACAACUGCAGCAAAAUGUUUAUAUUUACUCAACAUAAUAACAAAAAUACAUACGUACUAUAUUCUUAGUAUAUAAUUAUACAUCAUAUCAUGUUUAGAUCCUAUAAACUGGCGAUGUCACACUUCGAAUACGAUAUCUUCACACAGUUCUUUGUCUAUUUUAAAUUUUAUAAAUCGCUUCUACUUGAUCAUUAAUAAAAAACAAAAAAACUAGUGGUAA